GCGGAGUCUACUUCCACAGUCCCACUGCACAGAUGGUCGGGCACGGCUGCGGCAGCGGAAGUGAGGCCGCAGUGUCUCCGGCGGCCAGCGGCGGCAAGCGGGGAAGGGGCCCGAAGGAGGACGUGUACGUCGACAACCUCCGCUCCCACAAGCGCUACCUCAGCGAGAUAAUGGCAUCCAGCAUGAAUGGAUUGUCUGUUGCAGAUUCAGUUGCUGACAAUAUCAUGGUGUCCCCAGUGAGGCUGGAGAGUGCCUCUUGCCUCAGGGAUGAAAUGAUCACACAGUACUCACCUAUGUUAGAAGAGUCAGAUGAUUGCCGGUACUAUGAAACUCAAGUAAACACCAAUGGGAAUCAAGCAGAUGUAAUGAGCAGUCCCUCAACUAGUCCAAUUUCAUCUCCACAUCGAUUCCAGAAGCCACACACCUGGUUCUCUUCAGUAAAUCCAUACCCUCUCCCAAGCUGUUCCGUCUCAUCAGUGGUUUGCUCGCACGCGCGCCGUGUCACUGAACAUGAAGGCCGGAUCCCAUCCUCACCAAACGACAUGUGCCAUGGUGGAGACCUUAGGCGAACUGCACUUUUGAGAACGGUGCAAAUGAGGGUGCAGGGCCCCCACACAAGUGGUUUGUUGUUUGGCAGCGGACAUGAACAAGAACAAGAGCAUGUGCUUGAACCUGGUACAGACAAUUAGAGGGUGAUCGGUUGGUGCAAAGGUUUUUUUGUCAAAAAGCGAUCCAGGAUGCAGAGUUCCAAGGCCCUAAAGACUUCAGCUAAUGCCCAGAUCAUGAUGUGGAUUUCAUCAAGAAAUACCAAUCAGAUUACGGUGUGGACAGCCCCAAGUUUAACAACAACAGCAUCUCCAGUAACCUUUGCGUCGAUGUGGAUGAGCAUCAGUAACAAGUAGCUGGUACUGUGUUAAUCUAGGAACUUAUAACAAAGUCUGAUGAUGGCAUUCGACCUUUCCAGUUAUGCGCUUUUAACUUCUGUAUCGCUGAGGUUUGACAUCUAAGAAAUCUCGAGUCCAGAAAUGCAAUA